UUCGGCUCGUUCUUCGUGGAGUCGCCAUAUUUUAUAGAACGAACGAGAAGCAAGAUCACGCCAUUGUGCGCAUCGCGUCCUUUUAUAUUUCGUCAGUUCGUUAAGUGUUGCUGGCAAAUAUUACAAGCUACAGCGUUUCUCGCUAACGUUUUAAGUGUUUGUUAAGAGUUUGUGAUUAUCCAGAAGUAACGAAUCAUCGCAACGGGAGUGAAAUAGAUGUACAAACAACAUGUACAGUAAUAACAUUGACCCUUGGGAGCCUGGCUACGGGCCGGAAAGAAGAAAUCACAAUUCUGACUAUGACUAUCGAAGUGAUUAUGGAAGCAAUAGAUCGCCCGAGUAUUCAGAGCAUCGUGAUGUAGAUCAUCGUGAUAGAGAUCAUCGUAGUCCAGAUUACAGAAAUCAUCGUGGAAGAGACAGAGAUCGUGAAAGAGAUCGCUCGAGGGAUAGGAGAGAUCGUAGUAGAGACGACCGUGAUCGCAAUUACAGGGAUCGCGAAGAUCGUUACGGAAGACAAAGGGAUAGAGACUCUGUAGAAAGGGACAGGGACAGAGAUAGGGACAGGGAUAGAGAAAGAGACCGCUCCAGACGUGACAGGGAUCGGGAUAGGGAUAGGGAUCGUAGGGGGAAACGGGAUGAUCGGGAUCGUGAUCGCGAUGAUGAUCAUAGUCGGGAAAGUUUGGACUUUGAGCACGACCAUGGUCGUGCUUAUAGCUCAUCCAUGGAAGGAAUCCACUACAAAUCGCAAUCGCCCAACAACACCAUAAUGAUACGUGGGCUCGCUCAACAUAUUACUGAAAAUGACGUGCGGCAAGAUAUCCUCAAUUGUGGUCUAAUGCCCAAGGACAUCAGGCUUAUACGAAAAAAAGAUACAGGUGCUUCGCGAGGUUUUGCAUUCGUCGAGUUUAACGCGACUCAGGAGGCCGCACGGUGGAUGGAGAUGAAACAGGGAGUGCUGAUGCUGCAGGACCAAUACCGCGCAUUGAUGCAAUACAGUAUACCGAAAGAAUGCCAUGUGGAUAAACCACCGGCGAAAAAUACGCAGGAUUGGCAUUGCGUGAAGUGCGGAGCGCAUAAUUUCAAACGGCGCGAGACCUGCUUCAAGUGUUCCGCUUCGCGCGCGGAAAGCGAGGAAGGCGGAGAGGGUAGCGACGAAAUCAGCCCGCAUCCCACCAACACCGUACUCUUACGCGGAUUAGAUGUAUUAACGACCGAGGACUCGGUUCUGCAAGCGAUGAAGAAUCUGUCGUCGAUGCCGAUACGCAGCAUUCGCAUCGGCCGCGAUUCCCUCACGAAUACGUCCAGAGGCGUGUGCUACCUGGAGAUGGGCAACGUGGUGGACGCGAUGUACUUGCACACCGCGCUUACGAAGCAGGGAUUGGUGGUCGACGGCAGAAAGGUGGAAAUAACGUACUGUAAGCUUCAUCAGAUCAACAAUGCGAACGCGUGGAAGUCGAACGACACUCAGCCGCAGAGGUACACGUUGGACGACGUUGCUCAAUUGGCUGAGUACAGUGCCAAUUUGUAUGCCAAGACGCCUGCACAGAAGGCCCAUUAUCUUCAGUAUUACACGCAGUACUAUCAGAAUCAGAUAAUGCAAGGCUCGGCGAUCACGUUGCCGUCCCUGAAUCAGACCGAUCGGGUGAAUGCGGCCGCGGCGGUGGCGCAGUCCGCCAUACAGCAGCUGCAGGCGUCCAGGAAGCUAGGAGGCGAAACGGACGACAUGAAGGGACGACCGACGCCUACAGCACCGUCCAGCACAGCGUUAGCGAGUGGACGGGUUCCCGCGCACUCUAGCGAUGGAAAAGUGUACUCUGUACCGGAUGUCAGCACUUAUCACUAUGACGAAUCAUCCGGCUACUAUUAUGAUCCUAGCACGGGAUUAUAUUACGAUCCAAAUUCGCAAUAUUAUUACAAUAGUCACACGCAGCAGUUUCUUUAUUGGGACAGCGAGUCGUUCUCUUAUCAACCGGCCAAGACUACUGCGAGUACGACGCAAGGAGCUACGAGCACGGUAACAGCGACUGCAAGCAGCGCGGAUUCCGCAAACACAAUCAGUUCGACUGCGACUUUGUCGGCCGCUAAUGCGGCUCAGGAUGCGUCGAAGGAGGACGACGGUAAAAAGAAGGACAGCAAGCAAGACAAAGUAAAAGUGGCGAAGAAAAUAGCGAAAGACAUGGAACGCUGGGCGAAAACACUGAAUCAAAAGAAGGAGAACGCGAAAAGUAAUUGGAAUUCUGAGUUUGCCGGAGCGGACGGCAAUCAAGGUGUCGGUGGUGGCGCUGCGGACGCGGGAUACGCCAUCCUGGAGAAGAAAACUAUCGCGAAUCCUUAUCACGAGGACGAGGAUCAGAGCGGUAACGGUCUGGUAGCCGCCUAUGGCGGUGGUAGCGAUACAGAGGAGGAAAUAGAGGAUGUGCAACAGGAAGAGAAGCAACAUACAGAUUGGAGCAAACUGGCGUGUCUUCUCUGCAAACGGCAAUUCCCGAGCAAAGAGGCGCUACUCCGACACCAACAGUUAUCCGAUCUCCACAAACAGAAUUUGGAGAACUGGUAUCAGGUGCGCGGCCUGGAUCCUAACGAUCCGCAGCAAAGGAACAACAAAUACAGAGAUCGCGCCAAGGAAAGAAGAGCCAAGUACGGCGAACCCGAACCACCGCAGCCCAAUAAGUUGAAAGAGAAAUACUUGAAGACAAGAGUGGACGAGAUGUCUGUAUCUUACGAGGAGCCUACGCGAGCCGGCAUCGGUUCCGACAACGUGGGUAAUAAAUUACUGCAGAAAAUGGGCUGGAGCGAAGGUAUGGGCUUAGGGAAAUCUAAUCAAGGUAGAACGAGCAUUAUUGAAGCCGAAAGACGUGUCCCUACGGCUGGUUUAGGUGCGAAGACUUCGUCGUACAACACCUUACCGGGUGACACGUACAAGGAUUGCGUAAAGAAGAUGAUGUACGCACGAUAUCAAGAACUGUCCGACACGUAAUACGUAGGAUUUCGUUAAAAUAAAUUUUAUAUAUAAAUACAUACACAUACACACGUCACAUAUAAGUACUCCAUUUUCCAUAGACACGUAAUUACACGCUCGUAUCGUUAUCAUCUGAAUACCGUAAUAGCUACUUAUUGAUAACUGCAUGGUGAUAGCUAAUUCUUGGAGUUGUGCGCAUACCCCAUGCGAUACGCAUUUCAUACACUCGUGCGAAAUUCUGUUUUCGCGCGCUUCAAGAUAAUAGCAUUCUGUGUACAAGAGUCCCUUUUUUUUAUUAUAAUACAAUAUAGAGAAAUACUGUCAAAAUGCACAUAUGCUAUUUUCUAAUUUUAUUUACAUAACGGCAAUGACACUUGCAAAAACACAACAGAAAAGUAUAAGUAACUUUUUAAUUACAUUCUUUCUGGCUUUUUCAGGAGUACAUUUUCGGCACAGAAAUAAUUAUUCUGUUAACACACAGAUAAAUGUUGUAUCAUUGUGCAAUGCAAUAAUGUUUGGUCAGGAAUAAAUUAUGUACAGUUAAGUAUCACUAGUAAAGUUGAUGGCAAACAAA